GCUUAUGAAAUUAAUGUUAUAAAAAGAUUUACUCGCUGAUAUGUCAACAUUAAACAAUAAAUAUGAAUUGUAAUAUUUCCACAGUUGUAUUGUGUUAUGUGGUAUUAUGAUUACGAAUAACUCGCUCGAUGUUAUCUAUAAUAUACAAUGAUAAAGUGUUCCGCGGCAUUGCCAUUUCAUAUUUUUGCUUCGACUUGAAUGCAAUAGUGGAAGGAAGCAUUAUGGAUGUGACAACUCGUCAAUAUUAUUUAUAGCCGCGUAUUCAAAUAAAUUGUGAUGAAAUUCGAAAAUAAAUAGUAUAGCUUUAUGUCAAGAUGAUCAAAAUUACUAGACGUAACAUAUUUAGUGGUUGUGUUAUAAGUUGCUUGUGUUUAUUGUUAUUAUUUGCUAGUCGAAAAUAUUCUACUAAUGAUAUACCAUUCAUAUCGCAGUCUAAAUCCAUCCUAAAAGGACAACAUUUGACGCCAGUUUCAUAUUCGAACCCCAAAGAAUAUGACACAUCAAAAGAAAAUAGAAUUAAUUAUUCUUUCAUUGUUAACUAUGGAAGAACAAAAAUAAAGGAAGAGAUGCAAGAAUACAUCUAUCCUAAUGGUAUGUACAAUAACAUAGCUGAGAAAUUGACAGAUUUAACUCCAGAAACAGGAGGCACCCCGAUAAGGAGUAUUAUUAUAACUACUUGGAGAAGUGGGUCAACAUUUCUCGGUGACAUUUUAAAUGCAAUGCCUGGUAAUUUUUAUCAUUAUGAACCUUUAUUAAAUUACGACAUCAUACAAAUUCGAGGACCCCCUUAUGCAAAAGGCGCUAUACGAAAUUUGAAAAAGUUGUUAAAAUGUGAUUAUGAUGAUAUGGAAGACUAUUUGGACUAUGGCAAAGGUCAUAACUGGUUGUUUACACAUAAUACAAGACUAUGGGAGGCUUGUGAGGGAGGGGAUGUAUGUUGGGAUCCUAGUUUCCUGAAUGAUUUUUGCAAAUUAUUUCCUUUGCAAAGUAUGAAAGUUGUUAGAUUGCGGUUGAAAUUAGCAGAGCAGUUGCUGUCUGAUCCAACGUUAAAUGUUCGAAUAAUAUUAUUAAUUCGAGAUCCUCGUGGAACCAUACAAUCAAGAAAACAUAGGGAUUGGUGUCCAGGAAAUCCCGAUUGCGAUAGGCCAAGCAAUUUGUGUAGAGAUAUGGUAUCAGAUUAUAAAUACGCAAAAGAACUUCAAAGAAAAUAUCCUGAGAGAUUUAGAUCAUUACGAUAUGAGGAUUUAUCAAUGGACCCUGUUAAUUAUGUUAAAUCCUUAUUUAAUUUCUUGGGACUACCAGUAACAGAGUCUGUCACAAAAUUUCUUGAAACUCAUACCACUAUGGAUAUUGGGGGUGUCAGCUCAACUUUCCGUAACUCUAAAGCUGCCCCAUUUCAUUGGAAACAGGAUUUAACUUUUCCAGAGAUAAGAUCUAUAGAGGAAGAUUGUAUACAAGCAAUGGUUGAUUGGCGAUAUAAAAUAGCAGAGAAUGAAACUGUUUUGUCAUCAAAAGACUGGAGCCCACUUGAUAAAUUAGACGCACAGGAUAUUGGACUACUACUACCAUGAUUUAAAGCAAGUGUUAUUGUACAAAUAAAAUAAUUUUAACAAAUAUAGACUAAGAUCCUAAAAAUGCCAGAUCUAAGGUAAGAGUAAAAUUACUAAGAAACUACAUGAUUAGAGUUCGAAAAAAUGAGAUUAUUUCAGUAUUGAAUCAGCAUUAACAUACUGUUUUGUUACUGAAUGUUCGAACUCAAAUCGACUGUGCUUUCAUUACUUUGUGAGUUCUUGGUCAAAUCUGGCAGAGGAUGGUAUCAUAUAAUUUUAAGAGAGGAAAAUACAGAGUAUAUUUUAUAUAUUUUAA